AUGCCACGGCCAACCAUUCACAGAAUUAUACAUCGAGUGGCUGAUGAAGUCAUAGCAAUUUUGCCAAAGGUUGUGGCCCUACCAAAGACAGAAGAACACCUGAUCCAGGUUGGUGCAGGCUUUGCUUCUCUCACCAAUCACCAGGCAUUUGGUAGAGCUGUUGGAGCAAUUGAUGGAUGCCAUGUGAGAAUAAAACCACCAGCUGGCCCUGAUGAACAGUGCUAUAAAAACAGAAAGCUGUUUGCCUCUAUCCUGCUUCAAGGUAUAUGCGACCAUCAAGGAGCAUUUUUAGACAUUUUUGUAGGGUACCCUGGGAGUGUCCACGACUCACGGGUGCUUAAGAACAGCCCCAUUUACAACCAGGCAAAGUAUCCACCUCAGGGCUUUUUCCUCCUCGGCGAUGGUGGGUACCCCUGCACAGAGAAGCCAAUCGCAAUCAUGACACCGUUUAAGAAUCCAGCCUCACCAUCUACUCAGCGCUUCAAUGCACGUCUUUCCAAAGGCCGCUCAAUUAUUGAGCGUGCUUUUGGAAUGAUGAAGACGCGAUUUAGAGCCAUCUUCCUUCAAGCACUUGAAGUGCAUCCAACAUUUGCCCCAAAGGUAAUAGCAUCAUGCACCAUGCUGCACAACAUCUGCCUUGGUGUUGGCGACAUUAUACAACCAGACGACAGCCAAGAAGAAGAGGAAGAUGAUGUGGAGGCAUGCAAUCAAGUAGAGGCAGUAUCUGGAGCAGCAUGGCGUUUGAGAUUGUGCAACCAAGUGUCUGCCUUACAGGAUGUCAACCAGGACCACGACUACAUAAUUCAUCCUAAUUAAAAAUGCUUACCAAGAAGUCAGCAUGAGAGCUCACACAACACAUGACAUCUUUUUCAUAAUAUAUCUUUUAUUUUUGUUAAAUUGUAACCAAAUACAUUUUAUUCAUUAAAUAUUUUUAAGCCAUU